AAUCAGAUUGGCUGGAGGAAUGUCACUCGUCUCCUUGUGUUUUCCACGGACGCUGGAUUCCACUUUGCUGGAGACGGAAAACUGGGCGGCAUCGUGCUUCCUAAUGACGGGAAAUGCCAUCUGCAGGAUAACAUUUACACCAUGAGCCAUUACUAUGACUAUCCAUCCAUUGCACAUCUCGUUCAGAAACUGAGUGAAAACAACAUCCAGACCAUUUUUGCUGUAACCGAGGAGUUCCAGCCUGUUUACCAGGAGCUGAAAAACCUCAUUCCCAAGUCAGCAGUGGGAACGCUUACCUCCGACUCCAACAAUGUGAUCAAACUCAUUAUUGAUGCAUAUAAUUCUCUGUCCUCCGAGGUGAUUCUGGAAAACAGCAAGCUACCUGAAGGUGUGUCCAUCUCCUACGUCUCCCACUGCAAGAACGGAGUGAGUGGAACAGGAGAUAAUGGGAGAAAGUGCUCCAACAUCUCCAUUGGGGACGAGGUGGCAUUCGAGGUGGCGAUCACUGCAAAAGGCUGUCCUUUGAAUGGAAAGUCUGAGACCAUGAAGAUUAAACUGCUGGGCUUCACUGAGGAGGUGGAGGUCGUCCUCAACUUCAUCUGUGAAUGCGAGUGUCACAAAGAUGGGAUUAAAAACAGCCCAGUGUGUCAUUUUGGCAAUGGUACCCUGGAGUGUGGAGCGUGCAGGUGCAAUGAGGGACGCAUUGGCAGAGUUUGUGAAUGUAGCAAAGAUGAGGUGAGGACUGAAGAUUUGGACGCAAACUGUCGUAUGGAUAAUGGCACUGACAUCUGCAGCAACAACGGAGACUGCGUUUGUGGAACGUGCGAAUGCAAGAAAAGAGACAACCCUGAGGAGAGAUACAGUGGAAAGUUCUGCGAGUGCGACAACUUUAACUGCGAUCGCUCAAACAACAAGCUCUGUGGAGGUCACGGUCGGUGUGAUUGCAGAAAGUGUAUCUGUGAUGCUAACUACACCGGCAGCGCGUGCGACUGCUCUCUGGACACCUCCACCUGUCUGGCCAGCAAUAAACAGAUCUGUAACGGCCGCGGCAACUGUGAAUGCGGCGCCUGUAAAUGUACCGACACCAAGUUUCAGGGUCCGACUUGUGAAAUCUGCCCAACGUGCCCUGGAGUUUGUACUGAACACAAGGAUUGCGUCCAGUGCCGGGCAUUUGGUACCGGUGACAAGAAAGACACGUGCGAGGAGCAAUGCAGCUAUUUUACUAUGAAGGUCGUGAAAAAGAAAGAGGAUCUUCCUCAACCCAACGAUCAGCCCAUCAUCAAUCACUGCAAAGAGCGGGACGCCAACGACUGCUGGUUCUUCUUCACUUACGCCACCAGGAACGACAGCAGCGUUAUGGUCCACGUGGCCGAGGAGCUUGAGUGUCCCUCUGGCCCUGACAUCAUCCCUAUUGUAGCGGGUGUGGUCGCAGGAAUCGUUCUGAUAGGUUUAGCCCUUCUGCUCAUCUGGAAGCUGCUCAUGAUCAUUCAUGACCGCAGAGAGUUUGCCAAAUUCGAGAAGGAGAAGAUGAAUGCUAAGUGGGACGCGG